UCGGGUGAACGUACUCGCCGACCUAAAAUCGAAUUUUGUAAAAAAAGCUAGCGUAGAUGACAAAGCUAGUCUUACGGAGGAUUGAAGAUCAUAUCGAAUUGAAUAUUUGGUAAAUUGAAUGUGUUUUGUGGUUUAAAAUUAUUGAGUAAAAAAAAAAUGAGCUCGGAAAUUCCUACAAGUACCAUCUUUUGCUACCCAGACGAUGUAAAAGGCCAAUCAAAUGUUGAGGUGCUCAAUGUAAAUAAUGUUGAUUCUUCAGGAUGUGUUGUGCUAAAUGACGAAAAGCUUUUGGAAUUAAUACAGUUGUAUCCAUUUUUGUACAAUCCACGUGUGCGUCCAUUCCAGGAUGCCGAUUAUGACGAUUGGGCGUGGAAUCGAAUUACAUCGGCAUUCAAUUUAACUUAUACGGGCUUUCUGCCACCCGUCUUGUUUACCAAGGAUGACUUGUUGCGUCGGUGGAAUAAGCUCCAGCCGAUUAUAAUGAAAAUGGCCAAAAUGUUGGAUUUAACUGCAAUACCAGAACCAUUGCGUCAGAUAAUAGUGAAGAUCAACAUUCAGCUUGAAGAUCAAAUAACAGAUGUACGAACAAAUAACUUAACCCAGGCGCAACAGAUCAUAUACGACAACAUGAAAAUGGUUGAGCAGUUACCAUUAAGCAGACGCUUACAAUUAGAGGCUGAAAUGAUGGACUUAGUAUUAAAUACCGAAUUAGAUUCCAAAGCCACUAUAAAGUUAACUGAUGCAAAUUUAUCGAGUGUUGAUGAUGAAUACGAAGAACUACUUGAUUUGAUGGAUAUUAAAGAAUUAAUAGUUUUAAAAUCUACCUAUAAACCUUGCAUGACCGAGAUUAAGGACAAUUCACAGGAACAGUUAGUGACAAGUACCACGUCGAAUGCAUCAUAUGAAACUAGUUUGCUCAGCGAAAAUAGCUCAGCUAGAAUGCCCAAAAUGAAUAAGAAAUCAAAAACUAUUAAAAAAGUUUUACCAAAAAUUAUAAGCGAAAUUCCAGCAGGGCAGAUCUCCCUAUUAAAGUCGGCAACACAAACUCAAUGGUUCCCUCUAAAAGAUUCCUCCAAGUAUGUAAAACGUUGUUUAGUCCGAAUAAAACGUACAAAUAUGGAAGACUACAUACCAUUGUCAUAUAUAAGCCGACAGCGCAAAACUUCAACGCGCACAACCGCUUACAAUCGCACCAUGGAUAAACAACCUGACGAACCAGAGGAUGUCACGAAUGAGCCACUACCUUCGAUGAGUGCCCCAAAAACAAGGGCACAAAUACAACGUGAGUACAGACAGCGGAUUGCUGCAUCCCAAACUCCUGCACAGAAAGCAGCUGCAAGAAAAGCACGUAAAAUAAGAGAUCGAUUACGCAAAACUGUUAACUUGGCUAUUGCCAGUGGUUAUUUUGAAGCUACAACUCCAUCUUCAUCUCGUUCAGGGGAAGAGUCGAACAAUGUCCAACCUGUCCAAUGUCAACAACACGCGCAACAAUCUACCACCACUGAAGAACAACCUAAUGAGCGUGUCAAUCUCAAAAAGGAGCCACUCUCUCCGGCAAUUCCUGUUCCCAUGGAGGAUCAAGAAGCUGUUGCAUCUGCCUCUGCAAUGCCAUUUACAAAACGAAUAACUGCUGCUCCAAAAACAAGAGCACAAAUACAACGUGAGUACAGACAGCGGAUUGCUGCAUUGCAAACUCCUGCACAGAAAGCAGCUGCAAGACAAGCACGUAAAGUAAGAGAGCGAAACAAGAGAUUACGCAAAGCUGCUAACUUGGCUAUUGCCAGUGUUGAAGCUGUUGCAUCUGCCUCUGCGACGCCAUUUACAAAACGAAUAACUGCUGCUCCAAAAACAAGGGCACAAAUACAACGUGAGUACAGACAGCGGAUUGCUGCAUCCCAAACUCCUGCACAGAAAGCAGCUGCAAGAAAAGCACGUAAAGUAAGAGAUCGAUUACGCAAAGUUACUAACUUGGCUAUUGCCAGUGGUUAUUUUGGAACUACAACUCCAUCUUCAUCUCGUUCAGGGGAAGAGUCGAAUAAUGUCCAACCUGUCCAAUGUCAACAACACGCGCAACAAUCUACCACCACUGAAGAUCAACCUAAUGAGCGUGUCAAUCUCAAAAAGGAGCCACUCUUUCCGGCAAUUCCUGUUCUCAUGGAGGAUCAAGAAGCUGUUGCAUCUGCCUCUGCGAUGCCAUUUACAAAACGAAUAACUGCUGCUCCAAAAACAAGGGCACAAAUACAACGUGAGUACAGACAGCGGAUUGCUGCAUUGCAAACUCCUGCAGAGAAAGCCCUUGCAAGAAAAGCACGUAAAGUAAGAUAUCAAUUACGCAAAACUGUUAACUUGGCUAUUGCCAGUGGUUAUUUUGGAGCUACAACUCCAUCUUCAUCUCGUUCAGGGGAAGAGUCGAACAAUGUCCAACCUGUCCAAUGUCAACAACACGCGCAACAAUCUACCACCACUGAAGAUCAACCUAAUGAGCGUGUCAAUCUCACAAAGGAGCAACUCUUUCCGGCAAUUCCUGUUCCCAUUUGGAUUCAAGAAUCUGUUGCAUCUACCUCUGCGACGCCAUGUACAAAACGAAUAACUGCUGCUCCAAAAACAAGGGCACAAAUACAACGUGAGUACAGACAGCGGAUUGCUGCAUUGCAAACUCCAGCACAGAAAGCAGCUGCAAGAAAAGCACGUAAUGUAAGAGUUCGAAACAACAGAUUACGCCAAGCUGCUAACUGGGCUAUUGCCAGUGGUUCUCUUGAAGCGACAACUACAUCUUCAUCCCGUUCAGGGGAAGAGUCGAACAAUGUCCAACCUGUCCAAUGUCAACAAUCUACCACCACUGAAGAUCAACCAGAUGAGCGUGUCAAUCUCAAAAAGGAGCAACUCUUUCCGGCAAUUCCUGUUCCCAUUUGGAUUCAAGAAUCUGUUGCAUCUACCUCUGCGACGCCAUGUACAAAACGAAUAACUGCUGCUCCAAAAACAAGGGCACAAAUACAACAUUACGCCAAGCUGCUAACUGGGCUAUUGCCAGUGGUUCCCUUGAAGCGACAACUACAUCUUCAUCUCGUUCAGGGGAAGAGUCGAACAAUGUCCAACCUGUCCAAUGUCAACAACACGCGCAACAAUCUACCACCACUGAAGAUCAACCUAAUGAGCGUGUCAAUCUCAAAAAGGAGCCACUCUUUCCGGCAAUUCCUGUUCCCAUGGAGGAUCAAGAAGCUGUUGCAUCAACAGAAUAACACAAAUACUAAAGGCAAAUACAUAAUCUGCUCGGACAAUGCAGCUCCAAAAUUAAAAUUAUGUGGGUCCCAGGGCAUUGCGGAAUUGGUGGUAACACCUUUGCUGACAAAGCAGCCAAGAAAGCUAGCACCUCACCAAGUAUUUUUCACAACAUUUACUUUAAGGCGGAUAUUAAACACAGAAUCAAUGCCUUUAUUAAAGAAUUCACACACAACGAUUGGUGCAAAUAUCAGCACGCCUACGCCACGAAAUAGGCCAGAUAUCCCAUCGAAUUGCUCCUCUCUGCAGCUAAAAAUUUUCACAAGAUGCCGUCUAAGUCAUACUAAAAUUAGCCACGAACACCUCCUAACUGGUAAAGCAGCCCCCGAGUGUAGUAUAUGCAACCGCCCACUGUCUAUAAAGCACAUUUUAGAUCAUUGCCCUAAGUUUUCCAAUAGUAGGAAAAACAUAUUUAAAAACCAAUCACCUUCCGUCGCAUUAAUCAAAAUACUCACCCAAUAAUGUUAAAGAUAUAUACAAGUUUAUAUACCAAAACAAUCUAUUAUAUCUUGUAUAAUACAAUUAAUGUUCCCUAAUUUAAAGUUGUUAUACUCAGUAAUGUUAAGAUAUAUUAGAUAAACAUCAGGCCGAUAGUCUUAGUAGCUAGUGCCUCUUUUUGUAAUA